AUGGAGUACGAAGGAAUCCUCCUGGGAAUGGGUAAUCCUCUCCUCGACAUCUCCGCCGUGGUGGAUCAGGAAUUUCUCGACAAAUAUGAUCUUAAGCUGAACAACGCGAUUCUGGCCGAGGAGAAGCAUCUACCUCUGUAUGAAGAAAUGGCAUCCAAGUUCAAAGUGGAGUACAUUGCUGGAGGGGCUACUCAAAAUUCAAUCCGAGUCGCCCAGUGGAUGCUUCAAAUUCCGGGCGCAACAAGUUACAUGGGUUCCAUUGGGAAAGACAAGUUUGGAGAGGAGAUGAAGAAAAAUGCUACACAAGCUGGUGUUAAUGUCCAUUAUUAUGAGGACGACUCUCCAACUGGUACUUGUGGUGUAUGUGUUGUUGGUGGCGAAAGGUCACUCGUUGCUAAUUUAUCAGCUGCAAAUUGCUACAAACCUGACCACUUGAAGAAACCUGAAAACUGGGCACUGGUGGAAAAGGCCAAAUUCUACUACAUUGCUGGAUUUUUCCUCACAGUUUCCCCAGAGUCUAUCUUGCAUGUUGCUGAGCAUGCAGUUGCCAAUAACAAGAUUUUCUUGACGAACCUUUCUGCUCCAUUUAUCUGCGAGUUCUUCAAGGAUGUUCAAGACAAAGUAUUCCCGUACAUGGACUAUGUUUUUGGAAAUGAAACUGAAGCAAGAGCUUUCUCCAAAGUUCAUGGCUGGGAGACGGAGAACGUUGAGGAAAUAGCCGUGAAAAUUUCCCAGCUGCCAAAGGCAUCCGGGACCCACAAGAGAAUCACUGUUAUUACACAGGGCGCGGACCCAGUUGUUGUUGCCGAGGAUGGAAAGGUGAAGCUGUUGCCCGUUAUCCCAUUGCCAAAAGAGAAACUUGUCGAUACCAAUGGUGCAGGUGAUGCAUUUGUGGGUGGAUUUUUGUCACAAUUGGUUCUCGGUAAACCCAUCGAGGAAUGUGUGAGGGCCGGAUGUUACGGAGCUAAUGUCAUUAUUCAAAGAUCCGGCUGCACCUACCCGGAGAAGCCCGAUUUUAAAUGA